AUGCGAUCUUUUCCUAUUCAUAAAACCAACUCAAAUGGGGCUGAAAAUCACAAGGAUCUUGAUAUUUUAAGGGCCAUUAAAAUGCGUGGAAUCGGCCUUAGUGGACCCUGUAAGACUCCCGAUUUCGUUCCCGCCUCCGUCUAUGUUAAAUCCCAUAAGUCAAGCCAUGACAUCACUUCUGGAGAUGAUACUACAGUUGCAGAAUCGUUUGUCGACUUUUCGCCAUCUCCGGUACCAGUUUCUGCGCCCUCAUCCCCCCUUCGAAAGUUAAAUGGUGGACCACAGCACAUAGAUCUCGACGUAAAAUUAGUUCGAGGACCUAAGGGAUUUGGACUUCGAUUACUCGGCGGAGCGGAGGAAGGCACACAGGUAAAAUGA